AUGCAACAAAAAAAGUCACACAACCCAUCCUAUCAUACUACUGAAGAAGUCAAGAAAUUGGUUACCCAAAAAGUUUGGAUAUUGCAUUCGAAGGAUGACAAUAUUUCGCCAGAAGAAUUUGUUCAUGAAUUUGUUAAUACUCUUCCAAAUAUCAAGUACAUAUUAAAAGAGAAGUUCAAACACUUCCCUCCUACAGAAGCUCCUGAAAUUGUCAAUAAUUUAAUUGCGGAGUUCACAUCUGAACUUAACUAUUAA